AUGGCUCGCCCGUCUUUUUUUCACGUUUUGUUUCUCCUCGCGCACGUGGGGCGUUCGUCCGUGGAGGCCUAUCCGACUGGUCCGGGAGGAUGCAGCGCCAUAGACGGACACGGACUGGCUCACUACGAUACAAUGGAAUACUGGAAAUUGGAGCACGACGGCGGCAGCGCUGUGAGCCCGAACGACCGCGUCGUGGUUAGGCUGUUCGCUGUCUCCGGGGCAGGCAUGGUAGCAUUCAAGGGAUUCAUCUUGAAGACCUCCGCUGGGACGCUAACCGUCAAGGAUUCCGCGAACACGCAGGCCGUUUCUGCGUGCGAUGGAGCAAUCGGGCACCUAAAUGCGGAUCCUAAGAUUUUAGUCGAGGCAUACCUCGACCUGCCAUCGACCUGGGGCACGGUCACCGUCACAGCGGAGAUAGUGCCCUUUCAGACGUCGGUCACCAAGCUCACCCUCGACAUCGACGUGCUGAAAACCUGGGACCGGGUGACCACUAUUCAAGGGAAUAGCGUGAGUGGCACAAACAGCGAAUUCGGGAAGUUUGUAUCCUUGAGCUACAAUGGCUCGCGCAUGGCUGUGGGCAGCUUGUAUUGGGUCAACGCGUUCGAGAUUGACGCUGGAACGGUGACACAAUUGGGAACGCGUGUUGAUGUACAAUCCGACCCCACACAGUCCGUGUCCAUUUCCGGAGACGGCGAAAGCGUUGCAGUGAUCUUCGGCGAGGUUAUGAAGUCGCCGUUACCCGAUACGUUGACAAAAGUGUUCCGAUUCGAUUCAUCCAGCUCCGAACCUUGGACCUCGAAGUUUGAAACCGUUGACGGAAACCACCCAAUGUCAUCUGCUCUCUCCAGCGAUGGCAAGCGAUUGCUCAGCGCUCACGGGCGGUCACCGGGUACCUUCUUGAAAGUUCUCAACCCGGAAACUGGUACGGCUCUUGGUGGAUGGAUGAUUGCUGGAAGUUCCAUGGGGGGAUUUUUAGGACGCCAUAUAGAACAGAUUGCGGCUGUGUCGGCUGACGGCAAUCGCGUCGCCACCGGUGUCGACACGGGUAACGAUGAGAACAAUGGCUACGAGGGACUCGUGAAAAUUUGGGAAUGGUCGGGUUCAUACGCAACGGGUUGGGUGCAGAUGGGAACCAUCAAUGGUCCGAGCGUGCACACCAUGAGAUUCGGAGAUGCACUCGCUCUUUCUGGCAACGGCUCUCGCAUCGUCAUCGGCGCCACUGGGCCUCCGAACAACGAACUUGCUAAGGGUGGCGUGGAACCUAUCGUGUUCGUGUUCGAGUGGAUCUCGGGGUCAUGGAUAAAACUUGGGAGCACUUUGAAACAUGGACGUGAAAACGCAAUAAUUGGUAACGACGGCUAUCCUUACUUCUUUGGGCGUUCGGUGGCAAUAUCCCACGACGGCACGCUCGUCGCUGUCCGUUCAGAAUCACAGUUGUCGGCACCAUCACAGUAUGGAUACACCUUUGUCUACAGCUUUGACGUGGCCACAAACGACUGGAAGGCUAUUGGAAAAAUAAAGGAUGAAGAUAAAGGAUACUCUCGGCGUGUGAGUGCUCAACGUUCCGCUCACGUGCAGGUGGCCCUCUCCGGCGAUGGGAGAUAUCUCGCGGUGGGAGAGCCCAAUCGUGACAACGUGGCGGACGAUGUAGUUGACGGGCGCGUCAGCCUGUAUGCAAACCCAUGGAGGGCCGAUCCCCGCGCCACCGGCGGGGCCGUCACAAUGGUCGGCGAGUACACCAUCCACACGUUCACGUCUACCGGCACGUUCACCGUCAUCGACUCCACGCUGACCAAUGUGGAGGUGCUGGUCGUUGCAGGUGGCGGAAGCGGCGGCGGUCCUGGCAAUACUCCAUCAAGCGGCGGCGGAGGAGGAGGAGGCGUCCUCCAAGCCGCGUCGAGGUCCGUCAACGUGCAAUCGUACAUAGUCACCGUCGGUGACGGUGCUGGUACGUACGAGGUUGGCGGCUAUAGCGCCUUUGAUGACAUGGUGGCAUUUGGUGGCAAGGGAAUCGUGGCUGGCUAUGAUGGCGAAGCAAGUGGAUACUGCACUCGUGGAUCCUGGUUCUGUAACGGUGUUGAUUACAGUAAAGCGACGGAUGACCUCGAAGCACAACGCAAUGGUGGUACAGGUUGGGAAAAUCAAUGUGGUGGUGGUGCCGGGGCGGGGGGCACAGGUCAGGCUGCCGCGAAUGAUGUCGGUGGCAAAGGUGGCGAUGGCAUUCUAUCCAACAUUUCUGGUACUCCCACUUACUAUGGCGGCGGUGGUGGUGGCGGUAACAGUUACGGCAAGGGAGUCGCGUCAGGAGGUCUCGGCGGGGGUGGGAACGGGGCUGAUGGACCUGCUGUUUGGCCAAAAUCGGGCGAACCCAAUACUGGGGGAGGCGGUGGUGGGAACGGUGGUUCCUUUAGCUUCUUUGCUCAGGGAGGCUCCGGCAUUGUCAUCGUUCGCUACAAGACCGCUGCCUCCAGCGACCAAAGCUGCGCCACGGACUACUAUCACGACGGCGCGAGCUGCGUCGCGUGCCCAACCGGCUCGAACAGGCUGCCCGACACAGCGAACCAGUGCUUAUGCCCGGAAAACUACUACCGCAGGGCUGACGGCGGCGUGUACUCGUGCGCCGCGUGCGCGCAGGGUACCACCAGACCCGCCGGAGACACCGUCCCGGGUGGCGACGCGACGACGUGCUCGGCUGGAUCGUCGACAUCGCCGCCGCCGCCGCCGCCGCCGUCAUCGUCGUCAUCGGCGGCUUCCCCCGCCCAAGACAAGAAGGCGGCGGCUGAGAAGACGCGCGACUCGAUCCUCGCCGACAUCACCGACGCGAGAUUAAAGGCGAAGGCCAAGCUUCUGGCGGAUGCCGCGAUCGCCGGCGUGAAGGUGCAGAAGCUGACGGCGAAGCUGUCGGCGGCAGACGAGGACACCGCGUGCUCCACCGCGUUCACCAAGGCCGAAAUGAGCGCGAGCGACGGCGCUUGCGUGGCAAAGGCGGCUUCAUCGGGCAAACGCCGCCUCUCCGCGACGACUUACGACGUCGAGAUCAUGUUCAGCUCUGCGGUGGUGAGCGAUGACGCGCUGACCAAGGCGGUCAACGCGCUCAAGGCUAACGGCGUGGAGGACGUGACGUCUCAGACAUCCGUGGACCCAAUCGCCGAGCUCAAGGUCGUCCCCGGCAUCGACACGAGCAAGAUUCAAACGUUCGACACCGAGGCGGCGGCUGCGGCGGCGGUCUCAACCCAACCGCCGCCGCCCCCACCACCCCCGAGCCCACCGCCGCCAAGUCUUGUACAGGACGACGACGACCACGCCGCGGGACUCACGGGCAUCCUCGUGGCUCUGGUGGCGACGACUUUCUACAUGUUGUAA